AACCGACAAUUAAAUUUAGUAGCAAGCUAUACGCGUAGAUAAAACUAAAACGGUUGGCCAUAAACGGAAGACGAUUGUUUAAUAAUAGUGCGGCGACGGAAACGUUUAGAAUGAAAGAAAAGAAAUCCAAUUGAAAAAAGAAAACAACAACUAAAAAGAGAAAUGAAAUAAAAUGUAUUAAUAAUAAAUAGUGAAUAGAAAGGCAUAUAAUAAAUUAAUUGGAAAAGAAUUUGCUUGGAAAUUCUUAUUCUUAAGUGGUGCAACAACAUAUAAAGUUGGAUAUUUGUGUGUGUGUGCGUGUUUUUGAAAUAACAAAAGGCAAACAAAAUCACAAUAAACAAAAAAAUAUAUGAACCAACCACUGGCCAUUGGAACGGAAAUAUAGGUGAAAGUCACUGAUAAUUGAAUUGAGUGCGUGUGUGUGUGUUUGUGCUGUUUUUUUUUUAUUCACGCCCGUCUGCAGCUGCUCGGCAACGCAGCCACCACUCCAUCAAGCUGGCUACCAAAACAGACGCUUUAUUCGUAUUCAGCAAAGAUAUGAAUAAAGCGGGUAAACAUAUACAAUCGGGCGCCAGUAAUGGUCCCUUAAUAGCACCCAACUCGCCACUGCUGCAGACAUCGAUGGGGGGCAGUGGUGGCGGCGGCUCAACAACAGCUUCAAAAAAUGUGAUCACAUCGAUAAUGAAUUUUCUGCCAGAUAAUCGACCAAUCACAUCGUUGCACAUAGUUGAAGACUAUGAAAAGUGCCCAAAGAAUUUCACACCCAUCAGUCGUACUUAUGAUCAGGAUGCCGAUGCCGAUUUGUGGCGCGAAACAAAUUAUCUGUUUGGACGUCAAACCACACGUUACUUGUGUUUAUCGAAAACCGAGGGAUUGCCAGAAUACGUUGUGGAAACACUAAAAGUUAUUGCCGAAAAAAUUGCACCACCCAAAGAAUUCUCACUGCUGUCCCGCACUGCCGACUCGGAUCAGAAGGCAUGGCGUAAACGACAAAUUGCCUAUAAAUUGUCUAAACGUGGAACCGUUACACAUGCAGUUACAGACAUCAUUUUAUGUUCGAAAUUGAAAAUUGCUCCAGACGGGUUCAAGCUGGCGGGUGAUAUAAAUGGUAUAUUAAUUUGUUAUAAAACUGGUGCCAUACCCGCUCGCCUCCCACCACCGGUUCCAGGCUUGACACCAGCCCAAACCAAUGGAGGUGGCGGCUCUGAAGUGGAAAAAGCUUUAAAUCGUUUAAACCUAAAUAAUGGCUCUAGAAAUCCUAAACAACCUCUGCCGCCAGUGCCCAAUGCCGAGGAACAUGAUUAUGAAGAAAUUCAACAGUCGUAUCAAAUCAAUUCACCACUGAGACCUGCCCCCAGACCGCCAGCAACUCAUAGUACAUCAUCGGGUCAUAGCAUUGGUACACUGGGUACCUACACCGAUGUUGAAGGUGUGCCAUUUGUGAUUAAUCCUCUACUGAAAUCAAAUAAGCAAAAUGAGCUCUCAACACUGCCACAACUCAGCGAUUUUGCAUUGAAAAAAGAUCUUGACUAUGAUUUCCAAUUGGAAAGACAAACACUGUGUGCCAUGAAAUCAUCGGCUUCCAAAAAUCCAUUUUUUAAAUAAACCCUUCCCCCGAUUUGAGACUUUGCAAAAGAAUCAAUUACCAAUAAAUUAGACAACAAAAUGUAGAAAGAGUUUGAAUGAAGAAAACCGAUUCUGUUCGUCUAGAAUAUCAUAUAUAUUUUCAAAACAUAUUAUACUUACAUAUAUACAUACAUACUGUACGUAUGCCUACACCUCCAUCUUUAUACGAAUUGUUUAAUAUUCUAUAUAAUUGUAAUCAUUUGUAAAUUCCUUAAUUUUUAGAUAAUUCUUAGUUUAUAUAUCUAUUUUUUCAAUAGUUUAGAAAUAGUUUUAAAUAUAUUUUCAAAUUUAUAAUUGUAUUUAGAAGUGCUUUACACUACUUUGUGAUAUCAUCAAUGAAACAUUUUGAUAAUGAAAAAUUCAAGGGAAAAAAAAGAAAAUUUGGCGAAAGAGAAGAAUACAAUUUAUUAAAAAAACAAGCAAUAUUUAGUGAUUGGAUUUUAUAGAAAAAUGUAACAAAUACCUGAAAAACAUUGAAGACCUGAUUUCAAGGGCUUGUACGGGUGUUUUUAUACCCUCCACCAUAGUAUUGAGGAUAUAUUAAGUUUGUCAUUCCGUUUGUAACACCUCGAAAUAUACAUUUUAGACCCCACGAAGUUUAUAUAUUCUUGAUCAGCAUAAAAUUCUAUGUCGAUUUAGCGAUGUCCGUACGUCUGUCCGUGUGUGGAAAACACUCUAGCUUCCGAACGAAAUGAAGUAGAUUGAUAAAAUUUUACUCAAACGUAUAUUAUGUCUGCAGGACUUUUUGUAUUGAAAAUGGGCCAUGUAGGUCUACGUUUUGGUAUAGCCCCCAUAUGACGGUACC